GGGAAGAGGCCUGCCCAGCCGAGGGGAUGAGCGGCUGUGGCCAGGAAGGCAGCAUGGAAGGGAAAGCCGCCGCCGUGACGCAGGUGGUCUGCCGGGAAGACGAGAUGUACGAUGGAGAGAUGCGGGAGGUGGAGGUUGGGGGCCACCCUGUGCUCCUCCUGCGGGAUCACCUCCGGUUCCUGGCGGUGGGGAGCCGAUGCCCCCAUGCCGGGGCACCGCUCUGCAAAGGGUACUUCAAAGGGGGCCGGCUGCGCUGCCCCUGGCAUGGCGCUUGCUUCAGCACCGAGACGGGGGAUAUCGAGGAAUACCCCACACUGGACUGCCUGCCCGCCUUCCAGGUGGCUGUGAAGGAUGGCCAGGUGUACGUCACCGCGGACAAGCAGGAUCUGGAAAGCGGCCGCCGCGUGAAGCCCAUGAGCAAGCGGUGCCAGCUGAACCCGCAGACGGUGCUCCUCCUGGGGGCAGGCCCCGCGGCACUCACCUGCGCAGAGACACUCCGCCAGGAGGGCUUCACGGGCCGGGUCAUCCUGGCGACGGCAGAGGAGCACCUGCCCUAUGACCGGACGAAGCUCAGCAAGGAAAUGGAUGCCAAGGCCGAGCGCCUGUAUCUACGCCCCCGGAGUUUCUUGGAUGCUUUCGGCAUCGAGGUCUGGAUGCGGAAGGAGGUCGUUUCUCUGGACACCCCCGGCAAGACGGCCCACUUCCGCGACGGCACCUGCCAGGCCUACGACCAGCUGCUGAUCGCCACAGGCUGCAGCCCCCGGCAGCUCCAGUGCCCCGGCUCUGCCCUGCAGAACGUGUGUGUCCUCCUCACCCCCGAGGACGCGGGCCGGAUCCUGCGGCUGUCCACGGGCAAGAGGGCGGUGAUCGUGGGCGCCUCGUUCAUCGGCAUGGAGGUGGCGGCCUCUCUCUCGGGCAGAGCCGCCUCCAUCCACGUGGUGGAGAGGGACCCGCUGCCGUACUGCGCGGCUCUGGGGGAGCAGGUCGGCUCCGUGGCCAUGAAGAUGCUCCAAGCUCAAGGAGUCCAGUUUCACCUGCAGGCGGAGGUGGCCGAGCUGCGAGGCGACGAGAACGGGCAGGUCACGCAGGUCGUCCUGGCCAGCGGAUGCAAGAUCCCGGCUGACGUCGUGGUGGUGGGGAUCGGCGUCACCCCCAACUCCGGCUUCCUGCAAGGUAGCCCCGUGGCGCUCGGCCCUGGCGGGGCUGUCCUGGUGGACCUGGGCAUGCGGACCAGCAGCCCGUCGGUCUUCGCGGCCGGGGACGUCACUUCCUUCCCCGUGGCACUGCUUGAAGGGAAGAGCGCCCCCAUCCGCCACUGGCAGGUCGCCCAGGCCCACGGCCACGUGGCCGCCCUGAGCAUCCUGCAGAAGCCCCGGGAGCUGCACACCGUGCCGUAUUUCUGGACCAAGCUGCGAGGGAAGAGCAUCCGAUACGCAGGCUGCGGGAUCGGCUACACGGAGACAGUGCUGAAGGGGGACCUGGACCAGGAGAGGUUCCUCCUCUUCUACGUGAGGGACGGCACCGUGACGGCGGCCGCAAGCCUCAACUUCGACCCCAUGGUGUCCGUGGUGGCCGAAGCCCUGUACGCCGGGAGGCCCAUCCGCAAGGAGGAGGCAGAGGCGAUGGUGGAGAAGGAGCGGCCGAAGACCUGCUAAGCCACAGCAGGGAAAUAAGUAAAUUCUUCCUUGCGGAAAUAAAGCAGAGUGAAGCAGAAA